CGGAGGAGUGGUUGGAUACUUGGUGUUUUCACAAACAUCGAUCGCAUCAGUAGUUGUGAUCGACUUGAACUGAUUUUAUUUAUUGGAGAUUAUUACGCUCUGUAACUUUCAUUUUCCAAGCGUUUUAAAGCAAGCAAUUUUAGAAACCUCAGCGACGAGCUUUUAACUUGUUGGCUUCGUUUGUUUUUGUCCUCCAUCACAACAACUUGAAAUGGCAGCAGAGUGUGUUACUCGAGUCGAGUUGCACAUCUCUUGUAGAGGUUUGCUCGACAGGGACACAACUUCAAAAUCCGAUCCACUGUGUGCUUUGUAUAUUCAAGAUUCACUUGGAAAGUGGGUUGAGGUGAGUUUUUCCCACUUGUUAAAUUGAGCAUUCGAAGACUCGAUCGCUAGAUGAGACAUGCAUCCUUCAGCUGUUAAUAACGGUAAACUAAGAUAGUUUGCAAUUGUUUACUUUUAUCAUAACCCCAAUUUCUUUCCAGAUCUUUAAAGUCGUUUUAAAGCUAGAAAAGUUUAAACCACGGUAGCUAUCAUAAGCAAUAAUGCAACGGAGUGGUUUUUACUCUCCUGUUGGUUCUCAAGGAAAAAUGUAUUAUUUUCAGGAAUUUUAAAUUUAUUUUAACAAAAGUUAUGGUUUUAUGUUGUUCAUUUUGAUAUGUGCAUAUUCAGAUGGUCAAUUGCCUAAUUUAUCCUUACAAGUAUGUAUUACCUUUGCCUUUUAUGAAUAUACCAGUCUAAAACUGAGAAUCAAAAACAAAAACAAAAUAACUAUCAAGGAAAAUUAUUUAAAAUCUUUAUUUCUUUUCUAUGACAGGUUAGACCUUAAAUGCAAAUGUCACACUUCUGUGGCUUAGCAACAAGUUAUGUCCAAUGUCUUUUUAAAAUGAAAAUUUUCUGUGAUCUCCUUCCUGGGGUCCUAGUAGGUUGGAUCAGGAACAAGGAAACCUAUGACUGAAAACUGAAAUAUUUAUGUAAGAAUUGCAGCUAUUUCUGGCCAAUUUUUAAACUGAAAAAAUGCCAAAUUUGGUAACAUAAUCUACAUUUUUUACAAAGAAUUCACCCCUCUCAGCUUUCUUUUGUAGCACCUUUUAAAAAGUAGUGGUUGUCAAUGAUUUUUUAUAUUUUGGAAUUUCUAAGGUGAUCUAAUUCCAAAACAGUUUGAACCCCUUAACUCCCAGAAGUGAUUGACAUGAAACUUCUUUUUAUAAUAUCCUCAUAUUAUCCAGCAAACAGGUUAUGAGAAUUAUCAAACUUAUCAGGUGGAAGUGGUUAUCUUGAUCUUGCACCAAAUUCAUAUAACUAAUUUACAAAGAAAUGUGUGAUAGCUAGAAGGGAGAAUUAACACUAAGAUCUUAGGAGUGGGAGGAUUAAAUUAAUUUUAACUUAUCAUGGUCUUGAUACAAGUAUAUUGGAUAGUGUGACAUGAGAACAUGAAUGGGUAAAUCAAACCAUAACUUGCAAGUUCUAUGCAUUGGUAACUGGCAUUUCCAAAACCCAGGUGACUACCAGAGUUCUGUCAACUACAUGAUAACGUAUCACUUGUUAUUGUGGUCAAAAUUAUUACUUAUUGGCCCUUAAUAAAAUUUUCACAGUCAACUACUUUUGCAGAGUCUGAUGCCUACUUCAAAACAUUUUGAAACCCUAUGUAAGCUAUCAUUUAAAUGCAUUUAUGUCUUUUGAAUGCUGCACAUUUUUAUUUCUCUCCUUUUUAUCUUUCCACUUUAGUAUGCUAGGACUGAAAAAAUCCAGAAUAACCUUAAUCCAGAUUUUGCUAAAGGAAUUGUGGUGGACUACUACUUUGAGAUGGUUCAGAAACUGAAAUUUUCAGUUUACGAUGUGGAUAACGAGACCAGUUCACUGGGAGAUGAUGAUGCUCUGGGUGAUAUGGAGUGUAAUCUUGGGCAGGUAAAUCUUCUUUGUUGUUAUGUUGCUCAAAGGCUUUCAAAUGUCAUGAAGAAUUUCAGAUAAUCAGGACUGUUCCUGUAUCAUGACUAAAUCAGAUUUUUCUCACUAAAUAAAUAAAGAGUGGAAAUAGUAAACAUUCCCCAAAGUUUUACACGAUUAGAGAGAAAUAGAGAGGAUUUCUAUCUGCCAGGUGCUUCUCAAAUUUUACAACCUUAUUGUUGUUAACCACAUACAAAAUAAUUAUACGAAAACUUCAGUUAUUAGUGUUAAGGAUGUGUGUAUAGCAUUAGUGAUAGUGGUUUAAUUCAUUGCUAAGUUCCAGUCUUGUCUCUGAUUGCUAGCGACAGAUACUGGUGCCUUCAAAUUUUCUGGCGGAUGCACUGCAUUGAUAAAAUCCGUAAUGGAAGAGAAUCUGAAAAUUUUGUAGAACCAACAUUAGACAGAGUGACAAUUAUACAUGACACAUUAGUCAGCUUCCACUAUCAUGUUAAUUUAUUUAAUAUGUGUUUGCGUAAUCUUCUAGGUGGUUUCAAAGAAGUCCUAUGCAAGUACACUACAAAUCAGUGGAAGGCAAGUGGGAACCAUUAAUGUAAGUGCACUGUUAUGAUCAUUGUACAGUGUAUACCAGUCAGGCAUAUUCAGAAUAUAUAGUGAUUAAGAAUUUUUGUCUUCUUAGAUGAACCCCUUCUCUUUUAUGUCUUCAAGGAGCCUACUAUUAGCCUGCAGAGCAGGUGUAAUUUUGGCUUGCAAGUGCUCAGUAUGCUGCCAUCUUUGAUUUUAAUGGCAGUGGAAGUCUGGGGAGAGAAAGAAAUUUGUAUUAAGGGGGUGAUCAAUGGUUAAAAUAAGAAGAGGGGUGGGGUGGAGGAGUGAACAUUAGCAUGCGUUAUUUUGGUAAAGAAGCACUCAGUAUUUUCUCAUUGAAAAUUAUGGCCACCAUCUUUGAUUUUAAUGGCUGCAGAAGGCUUGGGAGGGAAAGAGAUUUUUACUAAGGAGGCAAUCAAUGUUCAAACCCCCAAUGACAACUCUGACUCCAAAUCAGACGUGGCCAGCAGAAUAAACAAUCGCGAGCUUAUAACAUUUAAUUGGCCCAAUCAGAUGCCCAUUUUGUCUCACAAGUCCUCCCCCUCUUCUUUAAAAAAUCAAACUCUGUGAUUGAAACAGUAAUUGGGUGGUAAUCAUCAGAAAAUGAAUCUGUCCUUUUUAUGAAACCCUGCAUUCUUAGAGUUAUAACCCACCCAAAAUUUCCAAGGAUACUAAUUACCUGUAUGUCUCUCAGGGCUUAAUAUGUACAGUACAUCUUCUACAAUGUCAAAGAACCCUACCUAGUCAGAGAAAAACUCUCCGUUAAUAUCAAUGCAUACAAUGUUAUGUUAAGAUCAGAUUUUCGUUGAUAUUAACUUUUUGCAGGUAUAUGCAGAAGAAUUAAAAGGUGGAAAUGAAAUAGUUAACCUUACUUUCAGGGCAACAAACCUAGACAACAAGGUACCGUGUUAUGCUUUCAUGAUACAUACAUGAACAGAACUAAACAGUUAUUUAGAUUAAUUCUUUGGUGAUACAUGUACAUUGUAUGAUUUUGGUUCGUCAUAAUGGGUUUCUUUUUAAAUAAAAUAAGAGAGAUGGUAAGGUUUCUUUUUCUUUCAAUUUUUUUUUUUUACUAUUCAAACCAGUUUAAAUAAUUUUCAAUGUUUAUUUUGAUUCCUUUGUCAUGUAUUAAUAAAUUAUUAAAAUCAUAAAUGAAGCAAUUUCAAAAUCUACUGCUUUGGAUAAAAAAAAAAGAGGAAGCAAAAAAUUUCUGGAAAUACAUCGUAGAUGGUAGAGAACGGUUAGAAGAUUAAGUCUGUACUGGAGCCUAUUGGCUUAUCCAGCUGAAGCUUAUCCCAGUUUCCAUGUUAAGUGAAGAGACAAGGAGUAAUACUACCCUGUCUUGGAUGAAAUGCUAGUUCAUCCCAAGGCUACCUCUCAGAAGUUCAUCAGGCUUCCCUAACAUUUUGCAGGACAAAAAAAAUUCUGAGUAAUCAUUAAUGAACUGAACUACAAACUUGUGGAUUUUUUCUCUUAACUGCUCUACCACUAAGCUACUGAGAACACUAUAAGAAGCAAGACCCCUAUUUACCUUAUAUGUGACACUUGUUUUAAAUAUUGGAAGGAUCUGCAGUGUCAAAACUGGUUGUUUGUGUCAGUAAAAAUGAUACGAGAGAUGGUAAAUUUAAUGCUCACAAUUUACUUUCUUUCUGGAUCUAUAAAUACUGUGGUAAUUAUCAGUUUAAAUGACUGUCAGUUUAAAUGACUGUAAAUUAAAAUUGUAUUUUUCUGAUAGGACUUUCUGGGCAAAUCUGAUCCCUUUUUACAAUUGUCCAAACUGAAAAGUGAUGGUGGAACUUUGCUUGUUCAUCGCACUGAGGUGAGAAUGUUUACAAUUAAAACAUUAUUAGUCAAGAACAAUAACUUUGCUUGUUAAAGUAUACAGGAACUGUCAUGGAUGUUGAGCAAUCCAUUUACAGAUACUUUUAUUAAUUCAAAUAACUAUUUAUUAAUUGUGCAUGUAUGUGUUGAUGCGAAAGUACACCUUUUGCUUUCUCUUUUGUAACAAUUGAUUUUUACAUGUAAUUAUUAUUAUUAUUGAAAAAAUUUAAAGACGCUUGUCUUACUUUCAAGGUCUUAAGGUCAUAAUGAUUGGCGGGAUACUGUACUGUAUGUUCACUUUGGAAUGUUCACUUGACUUUGAAGUUUACGUAUUUGAUCAUAUUUAGAUUGUUCAUUUGUUUAACUGUUGGUUUACUUUUUAACAUGUAGUCGGAAUAGUUGUGUAUUUGGUUGUUGUAUUAUGGAGCUAUGCUUGAUAUCAAAUGAAUUUCUGUAAAUAAUGUGGUACCUGCAUCCUGUAAAUAUGUCAGUUAACCCUUUAAUUCCCAAGAUCUGAUUGUUAAUUCUCCCCUCUAGCUGCUACUUAUUUCCUUGUAAAUUAGUUAUGAGAACUUGGUGCUAGAUCAUGAUAGCAGCUUCUUUCUAAUAAGUUUGAAUAUUCUCAUUACCUGUUUGCUGAAAAAUGUAUGGAUAUUAUAGGGAGAAGUUUCAUGUUGAUCACUUUUGGGAGUUUAAGGAUUAAACAAAAAUUUCCAUGUUACUGUGCAUCUGCUUGGUGAUAGAUUGACAUCAAAAUGUGGUAAGAACAGGAAAGUGGCACACUUCAAGUAUGGUUAUGUGUGUCACUGAUGUUCUCACCAAAUUUUGAUGUAAUGUCCUUCUUCAAUCUAUUUUAACAGUAUAGACUCGUUGAAAGGCAAAAUUUUGUACACGAGGAUGUCAACAUCUGCCCUCUUUUUUAUUAUGAUACAGCAAGUAAGAACCGAUUUCCUUUUUUUUUCUUUUUUGUGGUAAUACUACAGGUUGUCAAGAACAACCUCAAUCCAUCAUGGAUGUCUUUUAGCAUCGCGCUGGCAACUCUGUGUGGUGGAGACUAUGAUGCACCAAUUAGGGUAAGUUCAAUAAUAAUGAUAAUAAUAAUAAUAAUAAUAAUAAAUAGUAAUUAUUAUCAGUUUAAUUUAAAAGUUGACAAAAUCUGUGUCACUUAAGCACUACAUGUAAUUGGGAGAUUUAAGGCUCCAAGUGAAUUAAAUUAAACUGAGGAUGUGUCAAAUUUUGAGUGAAAAGCAAACCUUUUUUGUUGUGACAAAGGACUAACACUUGAAUUAUUACAUUUUAUCAACUCAGUUGAUAAAACCUCAUUUUCUUGUUACUCCUCGCUUACAUGUGUACACAGCACCAUAAUUUAUUUAUAAUAGAAAACUUACCCCUUCCACUCAAAUUGUAUUAUUGGCAAAUAAUUUGGUUUUAUCAAUUGAGUUGAUGAAAUAAAUAUAAAUUUACCACCUCAAAGAGUUUUUUAUUAUUAAGCAAUUCAGUACGAUACUUUUAAUCCUAUUGUGGUUUUCACUGAAAGAUGAUUUGAACAUGUGUAAGCAGACAAGGUAGCCAAACUUGUAAAACUGACCUUUGAAGAAUCCAAUUGCAUGACAGACACUUCAAUCAAAUUUAACAAAGUCUAAUUUAUAAUGUUGCCAGAUUGGCUGUUACGACUGGGAUGAGGAUGACGAUAAUGAUUUGAUUGGUUGUGUGGACAUCACUCUUCGAUCUCUGAUUGACAGUAAAGAGUCAGGGGUAUGUACAUAUUCUAUACUGAUUUUUUUUAUUAUUGUUUUGUUUACAUUUGGUCACAACAGAUUGAUUGCUAUGACUACGACGAUGAUGGAAGCCAUGAUUUUAUUGGCUCAACCAAUGCCUCUAUGCGGCAAUUGAUAGAGACAAAACAAUCUGGGGUAAGGUAAAUGUGCUUGGUUACAUGUACAGGUGCAAUAUAAAGCAGAAAUUAUGAAAUAUGCAGCACAGAUUUUGAUUGGUUCUGACUUAUGAUCUACUGGAGGACAGGUGCAUUCUAGAUAAUGUCACCAUGAGCAACAUUCUACCUCCUCAUUUUAUAAAAUAAAAUAGAUUCUAUGUUACCAUCCAUGGGUCUGUACAGUAAUAGAUCACAGAAGACAUAAAAAUGUUGUAAGAAAUUCAUGACACAGUCAUCUGAGUUUUUGCUUGCCACCUCUCUGUACUUAGUUACUUACUGGUGUCAUCUACGAUCUGUUACUGGACAUAAUCGUGGUAGCAUUAGAAGUUACAGUAUUAUCAUGUGUAAACUGUAGCAGGUCUUCUUUGUUCUAGAAGAUUGAUGUAUUAACAGUUUACUGUUAAGUAGUAUUUUCUUUAAUCCUUCCAUGCACCUUUACAGUUCAGAGGUUAUUCAGGGACCAAAAGAGAUGCCCAAAAAUGCAUUUUAAAGAUCAGCAAAGUCAGGACAAAAUCUUUUUUAACUGGCGACAUGUUUCUUGGUCACAAAAGAAGUCUUUUUGAGUUGAAGUUCUUUGCUAAAUUACAUUUUUAAAAUUUGUAUUUCAGAAAGGACUUGACUUGGUCAAUCCCAAGAAAAAGCAGAAGAAAAAAGGCUAUGUGAACUCAGGAGUACUGUAUGUGUCUCAAUGCAAUGUAUGUAGUCAACAUGUUUUACCUUCCAUUUGUAAGUGACUCCGAAGACAUUUAGCAAACUGUCUUUUUGCAAGUGCUGAAUACCAGCUACCAUUCACACCUUUAAUUAUUGUAAUUUGUUUGUUUUUAUCAGAUAACCAAACUUUACACAUUCCUAGACUAUGUCAUGGGAGGAUGUCAAAUUAACUUUACAGUAAGUGACACAUAAACUUUGCAUGUACAUGUAUAUUAGGGUUUGUAGAGUGAGGGGGGGGGGGAAUCCAGGAAAGUGGUGGGUAGAGAAUGAGAUAGUCCUACCUUGUAUCAAAUUUCCCACAUUUGCACCAUUUUUGUUUGUAAGGGUUGGAAGAGUGGGGAAAUUGGAAGGGAAGGGGGGGGGGUGGCUAGACAAUCAGAUAUUCCCCCUUGUAUCAAAUUUCCCACUUUUGUACCAAUUUGUAUAUAAGGGUCGGGAGAGUGGGGGAAUGGGUAGGGGGCCACUAGGCAAUCAGAUAAUCCUACUUUGUAUCAAAUUUCCCACAUUUGUGCCAUUUUACUCCGCAUGUACAUAAGGGCUGGGAGAGUGGGGGAAGAGGGGGUAGGGGUGGAUAGACAAUGAUAAUUAUAUCCCCAACUAUUAACAUUUGUACCAUUUUCGAUGGACCUUAAAACCUAUUUGAAAAAAAUAAUUUAUGAGUUUUGAAGAAUUAAGUUACAUCUGUAAGAUGGCUCUUAACUCAGUGUUUCCAGAUCAGUUGGAGAUUUCUUUUGUUUAAGGGUAAACUGAAUGACAAAAAAUAAACUUUGGGAGCAAGAAUGAGAAACAGCAUCCAGUGCAACCCACAUUUGACAACAGGCCUGGAAAUUGACUUUAGGUCUCAGGGUUGGGUGAAAAUUAACAAACAGACAGUGGUCUAGUUUGAUCUGUACUAUUAUCGACAAUGAUAUUCAUCAUCACAGUGGUCAAAAUGUGUUGGACUCAUGAGGUAUAGCCAAGUGAGUCCAUUUUACAUUUUGGGUGACACGUUUGACACAAGCAGCACAGUCUGUGCUCUAAUUAACAGUAGGAAAUUGGCCAAUCAGAUUGCAACAUUACUGCCAAUCAUGGUGAAAAUACUCUUCCCAGUGAGCCAAGCAGUUUUCUCUACUUUUUCCAAUGUUUAAAAGGUAGUGUACACCGGGACAUGUACUGAGACUUUUCUAUUGGCCAAUUUUUUCUUACUCUAUCUAGGUUGGUAUUGACUUCACAGCAUCCAAUGGUGAUCCACGCAAUGCCCAGUCUCUUCAUUAUUUGCAUUCUCAUGAACCCAAUGAGUAUGUCAAGGCUCUAGUAGCUGUUGGUGAAGUUUGUCAAGACUAUGAUACGUAAGAAUACCUUUUUAUUUCCCUUUCUCCCAUUCCACUAUUCAUGUGUUCCACUAUUCCUGUAUUCCACUAUUCCUGUGUUCUACCAUUUCUGUGGAUCUUUAUUUUCCUUUCCCUUGGUUCCUCAGUACGAUUUCCCCGUUCUUCUGUUCCUCCAUUCCGCUGUUCCUCCGUUCCAAUUUUUUCCUUUAUGCUCAACAUUGUACUUUCUCUCUCAUGAAACGUUUUUUCAUUGACACUAUUUUCCUUAUUCCAGUGAUAAAUUUUUCCCAGCGCUAGGAUUUGGGGCCAAAAUACCACCAGGCAUGCAGGUCUGUAAGCAACAUAUCUUCUUUGUUUGUUUGUUUGUUUGUUUUUUCAUUUAUCAUUUUUUUUCCCUCUUGAAUUUUAAUGCCUCAGUGGGGGGUGAGUAUCAAAGAGAGAAUUGAAUUGUGAGUAAGUUUAUUGUGUACAUUUGUAUACUUUGUAUAAUAUAAAUUACGUAAAUAAGUUGUUUUGUUAAUUUUCCUGUCCUUUGCUCUAAAGGUUUUUAAUGUGUUUUUGGUUUCUAGGUUUCCCACGAGUUUCCUUUGAACUUCAACCCGACUAAUCCAUAUUGUCAUGGUAAGAAACGCUAACCGAAAUUUCUUCUGUUCCCUUCCUUACACAAUCCUAACUUGAUACCAAAUGGAGGCUACUGUGUUUAUUGUAUUUUAAAUAUUUUUGCAAAAAAGCUUACCCUUUACUGCGUGGUAAGAGUACUUCUCGUUGUUCUCUGGUAGGACGCGAUGAUUAAACAGAUGUAUCCGUUUAUCUGUAACAACAACAAAACGCUCUCUUGUCGUGAAUUAAACUAUAAACGAAGAAUUGUAAUCGUUUUGGAAAGGUUUGAAAAUCGGGGAAAAGCGCUUGAAGUAUAUCAUCGGAUAUUUCCAAGAUUCAGCUGAGGCAUGUUCGGUCAUGCGCUGCGCUUACAUUAAUCGCGCGUGAGCUCAAAAUUUUGAUGGACUAUAAUCCAUGGAUGCAAAAAAAAAUUGGUGCAAGAAUAUCUUGUACUAUACCGUAGAUAAUACAGAGGCCCAUACACGGUUGUUUCAAACCGGCUGCUUCUUCUCUACAAUCUUGACAACGCUCUCAAAAUUCUUAGAGCGUUUACACGGUAAAACUCAAGACGCAGAUUACAAAGGAUGCAUUUUAGGUAGAUAAUUCGAUUAAAAAGAAUUAAAGAAUUCGGACAUGUCGCCGCUCAUCAAAAUUCGGCGGAAAUAAAAUCUUACUUUCAUUCUUAAAUGCGAAUGUAUGCCAUUUCGCAUGUACUUAACGGAAAAUAACACGCCUACGAUGAUCGAGAUGCUUCAAAUGAAAUAUGUUAAAGUUUAUUUAUGCCAAUUUUUUUCCGUUUCGCAGGCAUCCAAGAAAUUGUUCUUGCAUAUCAGAAUUGCAUUCGCCAAGUGCAGCUGUAUGGCCCAACCAAUGUGGCGCCGAUCAUCAAUCACGUGAUUAGAUUUGCUGAGCGAGCAGGCCAGGAAAACACAGCAUCGGUAAGGAAUCGAUAUCACAUCGGCCAUGAUCGAUAUUUUGUCGGUGCUCAACAAUAUACCGAUGGCUGUUGAAUUCCAAAUUCUGCCAUGGGUUUUUGUGCGUUUCUUUAUUUUUGUUUUGUGUUAAUCUAACCAGUACUGUAACGGAUCAAAAAAAUGAUCACCAAUCUAAGAAUUCUUAACUAUUAAACAAAUUCUCCUGGUCAGUACCAAUGGAAAUUACACAGAAGAGUAAGGGGGAUAUGGUUACCGAUGCUAAGGUGUCAAGGGUUAAAAUCGCUUCCACACAGUUUCAAAUUCUCAGUGUUAAAGACAAGAGACUUCUACGGCAGUAGGUAUUGAGAAUUGCUAUUUCGAUCCCACCAGCAAUACUAUGUGCUUUUACUGUUGACGGAUGGCGUGUUAUCAGACAUGGCGGAAACAAAGGCCGCCAUAGUAAAGGCUUCUCGCCUUCCCAUGUCCGUGAUUAUUGUAGGAGUUGGACAGGCUGACUUCAAAGACAUGGAUGAACUUGACGCUGAUGAAGGACGGUAAGGCUACAAAUUGAGUGUUCAUUAAAGCAAUCCUGGUUUGUAGUGAUUUUGCUUAACAUUUUGGUUACUAUUAAUAAAAUCUUCUCCCCUUCAUGAAAUAGGUUACGGUCUGGGCAUCAUUAUGCGGAAAGGGACAUCGUCCAGUUUGUACCAUUCAGGGACUUCAAAUCCGUAAGUAGACUGCAUUGUUUUGGAAUCUGCCUGUGCUAAUUAACGAUCAUUGCGUGAAUAGGAUUCAGGUAUCUGACAAAGUAGUUUGUUCCAGCAUGAAGGAUUAUAUCGAGUUUCCCUGACAGUGUUCGUAGACUCUGAAGAUGAUCUCCGCUCAGGUUGUCGAAACGUCAAUCACCACUACCGACAACAGUCCUUCUCAGGACUACACUCACCCGGAGGAUCAAACUACACUAGUACUAGUGUUCGUACCAUUUUGAAGUCUCGGGUUCAGAGAAGCACUUUGAUGGUUGAGUUUCAUAUCCAAGAACACAAAACAAUCACCCGGCUUGUUCUUAAACUCGGACGUUUCGAUCGUGAGUCGAGCUCGCCCUAACAGGUCUUCUUAAAAGAUAGAAUUAUGGCUUCUAAACCAUGGCGUCUCAGCUUGUCAAAAGUCCAGAAUUAAAUUAUACAAUAAUGCAGCCAUAAUGACUUAAGAAAUUCUGCUCUUGUUCCACAGCAACCUCCAGCAGUCCUGGCCAAACACGUGUUAGCAGAAAUCCCUAAACAAGUCCAGGAGCAUUUCAACAAACGUGGCCUCGCUCCCGUGCAGUCAAACGGACCUGAACCACCCUACUUGGGGGGUCUUUAAUGAAAUAUUUAGUUCUCGUUCGUGCAAACUUGGUUUAAUGAACUCGCUUUAGUGCUAUUUUAGUUUUAUGAAUUUUUAUACACAGUUAAGGUGGAUGUGACUUACCUUAAGAGUUUUUAUAAGCCUCCUCGGAUUAAAGGGGGUGGGAGAAGGGGUUAUUUUCCAGUCACAGAUUAGAGAAGGAAUACGCGUCGUUUUCUUGGUCGUGAAAGGUCUGGGCACGAGACGACAGUAUGCGAUGAUCGUUACCCGGAUGUGGCAGUAGGCUUUGUUCGAUAUUUGCGAAGUUCGUCACACGUAGUAUGCAUCUCAUGUGAACAUUGGUAUUAGUGAUGUUCGUUUUUUCAGUAGCUGGACUACAACAUAAGUUUUUUUAGUUCUCAGUUAAGAGAUUGUCGUGAACUAAACACUUAUUUUACUUAUUCAAUCGCUCUGACGAAGGGUUAACGCUCGAAGCGUCAGCUUUUUUACUCUUAACGGUGACCAAUUAACUUUUUAAACUCGAUUGUUGACGCUAAAUUACUAAGUUUACGGAAUUGCUGUGGAUUGCAGAUCAUUUUUUUUAGUCAUAUUAGUCUUUGUUCGACAAGGAGCCGAUAGUGGCUACUCUGAGUUCGUUUCACCGAAGUUUUCACGAGAAUUAAUUUUCCUGGCUGGAUUUGCCAAUGUUUUGAUAAAAUUAUGAACCCAAGGUCUUGCAUUUAACUGGUUUCUAUUUGUCUUACAAUUACUCAGAAUUGAUCCACAGAAAUGAAACGGCACCGUAUGAUAAAUUAAGUUAUGAGCUGUAAAUUUUUUUGUAAGAUUGACACUCGCAAGUGAGACUUCACUCGUGUGAAAGUCAUCGAUGUGUCUGCUUUCUCGUUUGCGUGUUACUUGCGUGCGUGUCACUUAGGCUUGUACGCGAGAGCGAGGACUUAUGCGCAUGAUAGUCAUCUUGCUCUCGUGCGCUUUUUAAUCAAGUGUAACGUAGGCUUAUACGCUAAUUAGUCUCGAGAUGAUUACAA